CAAACCAAAACAACAGUCUUCACGCUGCGCUACAGCCAGGAAAACCGAGAACACAAUGUCUGUCAAAUGGAGUGUGACAUUCCCAAGGUUUUCUGUGGGAGAACAGCAAUAGUUUUUUUUUCAGUGUUUGGCUGCAUGGACUGUGAAUCUUCCCCACCCACUAAUUACUAAGCAAAGGUUCUGCUGUCCUCACUGUUUGUUGAUCUUGUUGUGUGGGUGAAUCGGUGCUUAGCUUUUCUUAACUAUUUUAUCAGUUCUUCAGUUCACAGAAUGGGUUACUUAAAAUCAUUUCUAUGCUACCUGAUUGCUCUUUUAGGCGUAGGUGGGACUCGUGGCUUUACUUUAGUGGACGAUCUAGAAGAGGAAUUGGAGCACAGAGACUUUAGCAAAGCUAUUUUGGAGAUGUUGCACAUUAAUAAAAUGUCAACACCUCAACAGGCAAAGCCACACCCCUAUAUGAAGCAGGUGUACCAGACCCUGGAUACACAGGCGAGAGAUCUGAGUGAUGCUGAUGGGACUCUCGUGCAGAGUUUCCGGAGCAGUGAAGACUCAAAGUAUGGUACUCCAGGUUGGAUCUGGUUCAACAUGUCUCAUCUAAGCCCAUACAUGAGAGUUGCGGAGCUGGUUCUGUUGAGAAAAACUCUUCACCCCGAGCCACUUAGUGUUACUGUCACAGUGCACAGUAUUUCGGCAGAAACUGCUAAUCUGAGCAUUAGUGGCCCUCUUGUGGAGCAGUUAUUGAGCCUCAACAAGCUACCUCCAUCGGGCUACGAUGUUUUUGAUGUGACUGCUGCGAUAACCAAAGACCUGCCCCAUUCGGACACCCUGGGCUUUCAGCUGCGUUUUUGGGACGACAGUGGCAGCUUGGUUCUCCAUGAGGCCCUCACACAGAGCCUCUACUGCCUGAACAGGAGCUCUCUCAGUCAGCCACUUUUGGUGGUUUACAGGACCAAAUCAAUGGAGCUGAACCAGAGGACCACUGAAGAGAGACCUGAGCCUAGGAUAAGGCACAACUGUAUGGUCAGCUCAGAAUAUGGCAAAAAGCAAAGGCAUUUGAGGCAUGCUGCCUGCAAACUGUAUGUACGUCACAUUAACCUUCAUUCAAGCGAGCUGGGUCAAUGGAUCAUACAGCCAUCACAUUUUAACAUCAGUAUUUGCAGAGGAAUCUGUUCAGAACAAAUGUCACCAUCAUCCAUGACUUUUCAAAGACAGGACAAGCAUACGGAAAAUGCUUUACUUCAAAGAUCCAGCUGCGUUCCUGAAGGGCUGUCGUCUCUGCUCGUAAUGUACAGCAUUGACACUUCUGACAUUAUUAUAAAGGAAAUAAAGGAUAUCAGAGCAGAGAGAUGCACAUGUCUGCCAACUACUCAGUGAACAUCCAAUGCAUAUACAUAUCAAACAUGUUUGUAGUUAAUGGAUUGUUAAUCUGUUGAUACUGUAUCGAAAAACUGAGCUAUGUACCCCCAGAUAAUCUUUAUUAUUAGUAUAGUAAUUAUAAGAUUAAAGAAACGCAAACAAUGUAUCUUUUAUUAACUUUCUUAGUAUUCUUUAUACAGUUAGGUCCAUAAAUAUUGGGACAGAGGCACAUUUUGUGUUAUUUUAGCUGUUCACCAAAAUGUAUUCCAGUUACAGUCAUAUAAUGAAUAAUGGCUUAAAGUGAACACUCUCAGCUUUAUUUAGAGGAUAUUCACAUCUAAAUUGGCUGAAGGAUUUAGGAAUUACAGCUGUUUAAUAUGUAGCUCCCCGUUUUUAAAGGGGCCCAAAGUAAUGGAACAGUUGACUUAAAGCAACACUAUGUAGUUUCCAUGUAAAAAUGACUUACAGCUCCCCCAUGUGGUUGAAAAGCGCAACAGUGCCUGGUAUCAGACACUCUUCUGCAGGCUGUGUUUCCUACCCUCCACCGCCACUUUCAGAGUGUGCUUGUAGCAGCUAGGAGGCUGCUCAGGUUGCAGCAACAGUGCAAUUCAUCCAGUU